AUGCAGUUGGCCCCGAAAGAGAUCGAUAAGCUCCUGAUCACCCAAACCGGCUUCCUUGCUCAACGCCGUCUCGCUCGCGGCGUCCGCCUCAAUCACACCGAAGCCCUCGCCCUGAUCGCCAGCGUCAUUCAAGAACUCAUUUGCGAUGGCAAUCAUACGGUUGCGGACCUCAUGUCGCUCGGCACGACGCUGCUGGGCCGUCGACAUGUGCUGCCCAGCGUCCCGCACACGCUGUCCGAGAUGAUGGUCGAAGGGACAUUUGUCAACGGCACAUAUCUGGUCACGAUUCACAAUCCCAUUGCGACGGAUGAAGGGAAUUUGGAAAGAGCGUUGUAUGGGAGUUUCUUGCCUGUACCGGAUCAGGACAAGUUCCCGUGGCCGCCCGUGGAGGGCUUGGAGGCCUGGGAAGAGGAGAAGAUGCCGGGUGCUGUGGUUGCUGUGAAAGGGGAUAGAGGACGGAUUAAGCUGAGCGAGGGGAGGAAGAGGAUCAAGCUGAAGGUGACGAGUAAAGGCGACCGACCCAUUCAGGUUGGAAGCCAUUAUCACUUCAUCGAAACGAAUCCGAAGCUGGAGUUUGAUCGGCUCAAGGCGAGGGGUAUGAGAUUGGACAUCGCGGCAGGGACAAGUAUACGGUUCGAGCCAGGAGACAGCAGGACUGUGACGCUGGUCGAGAUUGCAGGCAAUCAGGUUAUAAGGGGUGGGAAUGACCUUGCGCCAGGGCAUAUUCAUGAUGCGAGUAUCACAGAUGACAUCCUGCAGAGGUUACAGGCUGGUGGAUUCUUGCACGUUGAGCAAAAUCCCAUGGCGGAUCAGGCGCUGGAGCCGUUCAGCAUGGACCGCGAGAGCUACAUUUCCAUGUUUGGGCCAACGGUUGGCGACAAGAUUAGGCUGGGCCCGACAGAUCUGUGGAUUCAGAUCGAGCAUGACAUGACGGAUCACGGCGAUGAGUGCACGUUUGGUGGAGGAAAGACGAUUCGUGAUGGUAUGGGCCAGGCUUCGGGUCGUGCUGACAGCGAAUGCUUGGAUACGGUCAUUACCAACGCGGUGAUCGUCGACUGGAGUGGCAUAUACAAAGCCGAUAUCGGUAUCAAGAAUGGACUCAUCGCUGGUAUCGGGAAGGCUGGCAAUCCAGACGUGAUGGCGAACGUCGACCCAAACAUGAUUGUUGGCGUUGCUACAGAUGUGAUUGCCGGCGAGCACAAGAUCGUCACAGCAGGAGGAUUCGACUCGCACAUUCACCUCAUAUGUCCACAGCAAGCGUACGAAGCGAUCGCAAGUGGUAUCACGACAUUCCUUGGAGGGGGCACGGGACCAAGCACAAGCACAAAUGCUACCACUUGUACCCCAAGCACAAACAUGAUCAAGUGGAUGCUGCAAGCGUGCGACGAACUUCCGAUGAAUAUCGGCAUCACAGGCAAAGGCAACGACGCUGACCCCAAAGGUCUCCGAGAGCAAGCCGAAGCAGGCGUCUGCGGUCUGAAACUCCACGAAGACUGGGGAACGACUCCUAAAGCCAUCGAUACCUGCCUGACCGUGUGCGACGAGCACGACAUACAAUGCCUGAUUCAUACCGAUACGCUCAACGAAUCUGGCUUUGUCGAAACCACCGUGGCCUCAUUUAAAGACCGCACCAUCCACACCUACCAUACCGAAGGAGCCGGUGGCGGCCACGCUCCGGACAUCAUCUCCGUCGUCGAACACAAUAAUGUGCUCCCCUCAUCAACCAAUCCUACUCGGCCUUUUACGAACAACACUCUCGAUGAACAUCUCGACAUGCUUAUGGUCUGCCACCAUCUUUCCCGCAACAUUCCCGAAGACGUGGCGUUUGCUGAAUCAAGAAUCCGCGCCGAGACCAUCGCAGCCGAAGAUGUUUUACACGACCUCGGCGCCAUCAGCAUGAUGUCCUCGGACUCCCAAGCCAUGGGUCGCUGCGGCGAGGUCAUCCUCCGCACCUGGAACACGGCACACAAGAACAAAGUGCAGCGCGGGUUCCUUCCCGAGGACCAGGGUACUGGCGUGGACAACUUCCGCGUGAAGCGAUACAUCAGCAAAUACACCAUCAACCCGUCUAUCACGCAGGGCAUGGGCCACCUCAUCGGCAGUGUGGAGGUCGGUAAGCUCGCGGACUUGGUGCUUUGGAAUCCUGCCAAUUUCGGCGCCAAACCCGCACAAGUCGUCAAGGGUGGGAUGAUCUCGUGGAGUCAGAUGGGGGAUCCGAACGCGAGUAUUCCGACUGUGGAGCCGGUGAUUAUGAGACCUAUGUUUGGCGCUAUGAACCCGAAUAGGAGCGUGAUGUGGGUGAGUAAGGCGAGCGUGGAGAAUGGAAAGGUGGAGGGAUAUGGGUUGAAAAAGAGGAUUGAGGCUGUAAAGGGAUGUAGGAGAAUAGGGAAGAAGGAUAUGAAGUGGAAUGAUGCUAUGCCGAGGAUGAAGGUGGAUCCUGAGAGAUAUACCGUGGAGGCAGAUGGUAUGGUUUGCAAGGCUGAGCCGGCGGAUACGUUACCGUUGUCGCAGGCUUAUUUUAUGUACUGA